AUGACAAAAUUCAAAGAAAAUAAAUAUAAAUUUGUUAAAUAUUUCAAUUACGAUGAUGAUAUAACUGAAGGUGAAGCACGUCAACAAGCUAUCACUGAAUGUCAAGAAGAUAAAUGUGAUUAUUUAUUUGUAAUUGAUUCAAUAGUUCAUAUUGAUAAUCCUGAUACAUUAAUUAAAUUAAUCUCACUUAAUCGAACAGUUAUUGCACCAAUGCUUUUAAGACCAGAAAAAACAUGGAGUAAUUUUUGGGGAGAUUAUGCAGAAGAUGGAUUUUAUAAACGAUCGCCAGAUUAUAUGGAUAUUAUUAACUAUCAGAAAAUAGGUUUAUUUAAUGUUCCACAUGUAGCUCAUUGUUAUUUAAUAAAUGGAACAUUUUUAAAAACUUUUACACCGAAAUAUAUUGAUGCAACUACUGAUCCAGAUUUGACAUUUUGUCAAUCAUUGAGAGCUGCUGAAUAUUUUAUUUAUUUAAAUAAUGAAAUAAAUUAUGGACAUUUAAUUGAUCCAGAUAAUUUUAAUACUUCAUUAAUUCUACCUGAACUUUAUGAAAUCUUUAAUAAUCCUAAAGAUUGGAAAGAUCGUUAUAUUCAUCCAGAUUAUUAUAAAUCUCUUGAACCAAAUUCAACACUUCAACAACCAUGUCCAGAUGUAUUUUGGUUUCCAUUCUUAACAAAUCAAUUUACUCAAGAUUUAAUUUAUCUCAUGGAAAAAUUUAAUCAAUGGUCUGGAUCAUCUCAUGCUGAUCGACGUAUAUCAGGUGGUUAUGAAAAUGUUCCUACAGAUGAUAUUCAUAUGACACAAGUAGAUUAUAAUGAUCAUUGGUUAUAUAUUCUACAAGAAUUUAUUCAACCAAUACAACAAAAAGUCUAUAGUGGUUAUUAUAGUGAUCCUCCAAAAGCAUUACUUAAUUUUGUUGUUCGAUAUAUGCCUGAAUAUCAAUAUAAACUUCGACCACAUCAUGAUGCAUCAACAUAUACAAUUAAUAUAGCAUUAAAUGAUGUUGGAAAAGAUUAUGAAGGUGGUGGCUGUCGAUUUAUUCGUUAUAAUUGUACAGUAAACGCAACACGUCGUGGUUGGACAUUAAUACAUCCUGGACGUUUAACUCAUUUACAUGAAGGUUUACCAACACUAAAAGGAAAACGAUAUAUUAUGAUUUCAUUUAUUGAUCCUUAG